AUGGCGACGGCCGUGAAUGGGAAAGGGAAAGUAGCAGAUGCGACGUACGGGCCGCUGCAGGAGUACGAAAGCCGGGUAGAGGCAGGCCAUUUGAGGGACGACGACCAUCAGAGGGCAAUCAUCCAGCAUCUCCAAGACCUUCAUGAUAUGCUGCUGGACUAUAAGGCGCCCGCCGUAGUUCAUCCAUCUCUUGAAUCGCUAAAUGCCGGACCACCCAAAUCCUCCUUCUUCGGCUUACUCUUCAAUAAUACCCCCAAGCCAGCCGAGGCGACGCAGAUACCUUCCAACCUCCCCAAGGGACUAUAUAUGCAUGGCGAUGUCGGAUGCGGCAAGACCAUGUUAAUGGACCUUUUCUAUGAUACGCUUCCUCCAAACAUCACCUCGAAGACCAGGAUACAUUUCCAUAACUUCAUGCAAGAUGUUCAUAAGCGGUUAUUCGCAGUGAAAGCAACGCAAGGCGCUGACGUUGACGGAGUCCCCUUCGUCGCCGCAGAUAUCGCUGAGAAAUCAAGCGUUCUUUGCUUCGACGAGUUCCAAUGUACCGACGUGGCUGAUGCGAUGAUUCUACGCCGCUUGCUAGAAUGUCUCAUGUCUCACGGGGUUGUCCUCGUAACUACAUCCAACCGCCAUCCAGACGAUUUGUAUAAAAACGGAAUACAGCGCCAGUCGUUUCUUCCCUGUAUCCACCUGCUCAAGACCGCACUAACUGUUAUAAACCUCAACUCUUCCACGGAUUACCGCAAGAUUCCUCGACCGCCGUCUGGCGUCUAUCACUACCCGCUAGGCGUGGCGGCAGAUCACCAUGCAGAGAAAUGGUUCAAAUAUCUCGGUGACUUCGAGGAUGAUCCUCCGCACCCUGCUGUCCAUCAGGCAAAGCUCGUACUCACCAGUGCUGUCCCACUACGUAACCUUUUCCUAUCAGAGGACGAUAUAAAAGAAGCCAGUUCAAAGGGUGAUGCAUCCUCGACCAACUCCGAGCUACAAGACGAUAUGCGCAAUCUCAUGGACGACCUCGGCUUAUCCAUGGACCAACUUAAAUCCAGUUCAAUCUUUAGCGGAGACGAAGAGAGGUUUGCAUUUGCCAGAGCACUAUCCCGUCUUGCUGAGAUGGAGAGUAAGCAGUGGGUUGAAAAGGGAUUGGGAGUGGGUAUGGAUGAAUCGCAUGGCCGAGAGGAUAAAGAAGCCUGGAACAAGACUAGAAGUAAGUGGAGAGAGGAUAGCAUGUAA